AGGGGCUGGACCCCAACCUUGUGUUUAGGGGUUGGGGCUCGGCCGCUCUGGGUGUGAGGGGAUGGCGGCGGACCCCAAGCUCUUGUGAGGGGUUUCUCGCCAUGAGGGGCUCGGGCUGGGCCCCUUCCCCAUCCUGAGGGGCUCGGGCUGGGCUCUAUCUGCUUGGGAGGGGCUGGAGUUGGGCCCUCUCCCCACCUUGGAGGGCUCAGGGCAGACCCCGACCCCCUCUGAGGGUCUCCCCAGCUGAACUCUCGCCAUUUGAGCUGCUCACCCCCCUCUCAGCAGCCCUGAGCCCCCUCAUCUCUGCCCCCUUUCGAGGAGCCCCUUCCCCAUCACCCCCUUUUUUGAAGUGAUGGGACAAUCUGCAAGGCUUGGAAGGGCCGGUUUUUAACAGAAUCCCUGGGAUUUAGAGGCUCACGGAUGAGGAACCCCUUUGUUUUUCCUCCCACAGAGCCCUGCCUGAUUUAUAUAAUAUUUUUCGUCGCUUGGAUGCUUCGUUAUGAGCCACUAAUCCGAGCAGGAGCCGAGUCAGUGCCUUGCUGCAGUGGUUUUGGGGCUGGGGACGCAGCCCAGGUGUGCAGGAGGAGCAGGCUGAUGUCCCCGCUCUGAGCACACCCAGAGGUGUGGAAUCCUGUCAGGAUGAGGAUCGUGGUGGCCAAGGUGCUGUGUCUGCUGGGGAUCUGUGUCCUGAUGCUGGCCGGGGCCCUGCUGCCCGUCAGGAUCAUUGAGGCUGACUACGAGAAGGCUCAGCGCUCCCGGAAGAUCCUGGCCCUCUGGAAUUCCUUCGGAGGCGGCGUCUUCCUGGCCACCUGCUUCAACGCCCUCCUGCCCGCCGUGAGAGGGAAGCUCGAUGAGGUGCUCAGGCAGAACAACGUGACCACAGACUACCCGGUGGCCGAGACCAUCAUGAUGGUCGGCUUCUUCCUGUCGGUCUUCGUGGACCAGCUCUUCCUGACCUUCCAGAAGGAGAAACCCUCCUUCAUUGACCUGGAGACCUUCAACGCCGGCUCGGACGCGGGCAGCGACUCCGAGUACGAGAGCCCGUUCAUGGGCUCGUCCCGCGGGCGCGCCCCGUACGGGGAGCACGGCCCGGCCUCGCACGGCCUGGCGCUGCCGGAGCUGGCACGCUGCGGC